AUGGCGAGGCUGGUGCGAAAUAAACGACGACCAAAAUUAAUUACACCAUCUAAUUCAUCGUUUUCGAAUUGUGUACAAGAUCAUUUAUUUAUUCAACCAUUACGAGGGCCACUUGAAACAUUUAAACCUGUUGUUUACCUAGAUGAACAAGGUCGUAGACAUGGUCGUGUGACCGAUCAUUUAUUGCAGCAACAAAUUGAAAACGAUAGAUACAAACUAAAGAAUCACGUUGCAGCAAGAGUACCUGUAUCAUCGAAUCUAUACGGCAUACGAAAUCCAAAUAUAGCUGCUCUAAUCAGAGAUGUUCGUAUUGAGAAUGAAGACGACGAAGAAGUCGACGAAGAUGUCGAUAAACUACGAGCUGAUGAUGAAAUUAAAUUUAUUGAAUAUACAAAACCUUCGAAACUAUCAACGUCAAAAACAAACAAUAGACAAAUAUCAUCGAUUAGUGGAAAACAAUCAGUUAAAUUCGAUACAACACCAUCAGUUAAUAUGGCGCGACUUGUUGAUAGUCAUUUAACUGAACUAGAUGAUAUUGAUAAUACUGAUGGGACAGAUAGUGAAGGUGAAGAUGAUGAAGAAGAACUCGAAUCAAGUAAACCUACGACUGAUCCGGAUUCAAAUGAUCGUGGCCAAGUUGAUAAAUCUGGUUUUGGAUUUUCGGAAACACUUUCAACGUCUAAAGAGAAUGAUAAUGUCUUGGGCAUUGAUUCAUCACUUGAUUAUAAUCGACAAUCACAAGAAAUUCAUAUGCCACCAAGUGUUGAAGAUAUUACUGAUUUCGAUGAACAGAAAUCUAACGAGCAAGGUUUAUCAGGAAAUGAGCAAUCGGUGCCUGAAGUUAUUCAACGAAAACAAGAAUUAUUGAGUCCGAGUGACAAAACUGAAGAACGUCAAAAAUCAUCGUCGUCAUCUCGUCCGAAAACUGCUCAUUCGUCACAAACUCAUAGUGAUAAAGAUAAAUCUAACGGUGAUGAGCAAUCGAAAACAUCUCGUUCGUCAUCAACAUCAUCGGAUGAUACAUCAGCUUUAUUACGCAGUGAUAAUGAUAAUGCAUCGACGACAUCCGAGGACGAAGUAAAUGAUGAACAAGAACCAGCACCAGCCGAAAGAUCGGUCAAAUUAGAUCGCAUCAGUUCGAAUCUGAGUGAAAUAACGAAUAAUAUCGAUGACGAUAGUUCAUCAAGUCGAAGUAUAGAAAAACCACCACAACGAGACAUCAAAGGCGAAUAUGAUCCAAGCCAAGUUAUUAAAUGUAAAGAAUCAUUUCAACCAGUUAUUAACGAAGCAGCUUCCUAUGGACAUCUUGAUGUUGUUCGAGAUUUAAUUAAGCGAGGUCAAAGUGUACACACGCAAAAUAUUUUACAACGCACACCAUUACACGAAGCGUGCGUUAGCGGUAAUGGAGAACUUGUAUUGGAACUCGUUAACAAUGGUGCAUUGCUGGAACAACGAGAUUCUCGAGGCAUGACACCUCUACAUGUUGCAGCUAGCCAUGGUACAAUUAAAUGCAUUCGAGUACUUUGUGAAAAAGGCUGUGAAGUAAAUGCACAAGAUAAUUUUGGUCUAACAGCUGCACAUUAUAGUGCAAUGCAUAAUCAUGUCGAAUGUCUGAAGUAUCUCGUCAAUGUAAACCAUAUUGAUUUAUCUAUAAGUAAUAAUGAAUCAAAAUUACCGAUUCAUUAUGCUGCUAAACACGGAUCAAAUAAUGUUUUAACCUUUUUUCUUCAAUCAAAUUUAACUUUAAAUGCAACAGAUGUCAAUGGAAAUACAAUUGCACACGAAGCUAGCGAAUACAAUCAGCUUGAUGCUAUUAAGCUAAUCUGGAAAAUGAAUCGAAUUUUAUUGAAAAAGAAAAAUCAUUUCGGUCGAACACCUAUUCAUACGUCAGCUUUAUUUGGAUCCAUCAAAGUAUUACAUUAUUUACUCGAAUUGAAUUUUAUCGAUAUAGAUCAACCAGAUAAUGAAGGUUAUACUAUGGCUCAUCUAGCCACUAGCCGAGGACAUGCUGAAUGUUUUUCAUGUUUGAUAAGUCAUGAUGCUCAACUUGAUGUAUAUACAUUUGAUCGACAUGAAUCUGUUAUGGAUGUAGCUAAGCGUAGUGGAAAAUAUGGUCGAAUAGAACAAGCUCGUUUCGGUAAAAUUUGUUGUCCAUCUUGUGAAGAAAAACUCGCCAAAGAAAAACAUGAUAGAGCUCACGCGCGUAAUCCUGUCGAACAACUUAUUCAUUCGCAAAUACAACGUGGUUACCAUCUAAAUAUGCCUACAAAUCGUUCUACGACUAAUAUGAGUCACCGAAAUCGCCCGAUGAAUUAG